AUGGCUGAAACACCUUCUAGCGCAUCAUUUGCGCAAGAUAAGGAUCUAUCCCUAGUUUAUCAGCUCUUAGAGGUAUGCCCAUCUUUGGGUCCCAAAGACGCAAGAGCUAUCCUUGACGCGACAGACUGGGAACUCAACGAGGCUGCUGUCCUUGCACUUGGGUACCCCAACGGAGGCAAUCUUGGCCGAGGCGCUAUUGGUAUGAUCUCUGCUUCUUCCUAAAACAUUGGAUACUGACAUUAUUCCUUCGAAGCUCUCACGACGAGUCCAGAGCCUCAAGAUAACCCCGACAAGGAGAAUCAGUCCACUGGUAACAUCACCAGUCAAGCCAUCAACUCUAGUAUGUGUUCCCUUCCCAUUCACAGAUUAUCUUUGAUGUCAAUUGCUGAUCCAUUAGAUAUCUUUGCCGCAUAUGGUAGUAACACUCGUCCUGAAGGAGCCUCCGGAGAGGUACGUCCUCAUAUAUGUAAGCCAAAUCUCCCGAUGUACUCUGCGUAACAAUUCGCAACAAGCUAGUUCUAACAAUUUUCAGCACCACCACUCUUUAUCAUCGCUGAAGACCCAUAUGAUGGAGACUCAGGCGUCCAAGGAAAGGUCAAAUAUUUGGAGUCGCUCUACCCUCAGUUCUUGCAAAGUUUACUACUCGAUAUUUUUGGAGGGAACGUAAAAGAAAUGGUGCAUCAUUUUGAUGGACUGUUGGGAAUUCAGCGCGAUUCAAUUGAUGGGAAAGAAGCGUCCACGCCAGAAAAGAGAGUUCCUGAGGAAAAGAAAGGUAAAAAGAGGGAUUUGGUCGAAAUGGUAAGCUACAUCUGUCAUGGUUUCGUGUGUUUCAGCAUGCUGAUUCCCGUUAGAAAGAGAAUGAACCUACGCAAGGCGAAGCUUCUUCCAAGAAGCCAAAGACUGAGAAACUUCAUGACCUAGCUGCAGAGUGGAUUCGGUAUGCUGCACUACCAUUUCGUCCUCUCAACUCACUAAUUCUCUUCUCAGAAACAAUCUCAGAGGUCAAUCUACGGGUGCUAUCAUCGUUUUCAAGAGCGGACAAGUACAUGAAGUCAAAUUUCACCCCUCGUUCUUCGCACGCCUACCAGGUCUUAACACAAUAUACAUCAAAGCUCUCACUGCAUUUCGCGACACAAACCCGGACAACAAAGACGAGAAUCCUGAUAUCCAACUCACAAUGCCCGACUAUCUGAGUAUCGAGGCAUUUGAUCUCCUCAUCUAUUAGUGUGCCACCCACCUGUCGCGAAACACCCUGUCCGACGUCCUAUUGGCCUGCCCUGCGGACAAACAACUAGACAUUCUUCUUGAAGCCGCCCUUUUCGGCGAAUCAGUCAGCUCGGCUUUUGGAUGGUCUACCUCUUUGCCUAACACCAUUCGUGAGAUCCUCAGUGAUUCUCGAGAAUCUUUACGAUGCCGACAUCUCGAGAUCGCUUUCUCCGCCACCUCCCCCCUCACAGAUCCCGACCAGAAGGUUCUGGUCGAAGCCUGCUUUCGUGGGUUUUUGAAACAUAGAAAUGGGACUGGUGUAGGGGAGUGGAAGUUUGAUAGUAUGAUGGAGAAUAUUGGGUUUAAGGAAAUGCUACUAGAGGUUUUCACGGGGGCUUGGUGGGCAAGACAUGAGGAGUUGAAUGUUAUUAUGGAUCCGUUGGAUAGCAGUGAACUUAGUGUUUAGUGACUUUGAGCGAAUUACAUAAGAUUGGCCCUAAUGCCCUUAUCAUACAUCCG